GUUUUAAGGAGUCGAUGUACAGCACUUCAGCUAAGACUUCCCCAGGCUGGAAGUGCAUUCUCCUCAGCUACACACCUAGGGUUUGGACCGACUUUGGUUUCCAUGACAAUGGGAUUUUUCCUCCCCAAAAUGGAAAGUAAGAGCCUCUUCCUCAUCCUAUUGCUCUGCUGCAGCUUGCUCAGAGCUGCUGACUCUCACCUGGUAAUUGAAGAGAAGACAGAAUGCAGCCUGCCAAGGAGCAACAAGAUGAGCCUCCAAGAUCUCCCACCCAUCUCCAUUGUAGAUUUAACUAAAAGAUCCCAGAAAGUCAGCAGGAAAGAGGCGGAGAACAAGAAAUCUUCCAAGAAACACGCUGAGCCAAAGACCUCUCCGAAGCCAAGGCCCACACCAGCUCCUGACUGUGUCCCCAACUUCAGAACCUGCAAACCCCACCUGAAUUCCUGCUGUAACUACUGUGCUCUCUGCAAGUGCCGGAUCUUUCAGACCAUCUGCCAGUGUCUGCUGCUAAACCCCAAGUGCUGAGCCAGGCUGGGAACACAACAAGGCCCUGUCUUCCAUUAGCUUCUUCAGCGUGUAUUUCCAACUGCCCCCACGUGUCUAGUGAUGUAGAGAGCUCUGAAGCUGGCAGCCUGGAU